UCACAGCUGCUUCUCUCUGCCUGCACAGCAGCGCCUGUUCUUCUCACUGAUGGAUUAACCUGGAACUCUCUUACUACAUCAACACAGACAGGCUGAGCAGCUGGAUUGAACAAUGUCUGUGCAGUGGCUCCUGAAGGUUUUGAUCCUCAUUCUGGCUCUGUCAAGUCCAACCACAUGCCAAAGAAGAAGGAAGAAAGGACAGAGAGAUGAUAACCAGGUCACUGUUAAUGAGGCAAAAGUUCUCAUCUGCCCGGUGGAGAUCAUGUUCAUAGUGGACAGUUCAGAGAAUGCCAAAGCUCUGCUGUUUGAACAACAGAAGGCGUUCGUCCUGCGCUUCAGUACCAAGCUCAUGCAGCUCCACUCGGCCGGCUGGCGCCUGCGGCUCCGCCUGGCCGCUCUGCAGUACAGUAGCACCGUAUCUGUAGAGCACAACUUCAGAGACUGGCAGGACCUAGACGUCUUCCAGAGCCGGGUGGCCUCAAUGACCUUCAUCGGCCACGGCACCUACUCUGCCUACGCCAUCACCAAUGCCACCCAGGUGUUCAGCCGUGAGACGUCCUCCAGCAGCCUGAGGGUGGCGCUGUUGAUGAUGGAUGGAACGGACCACCCUCGCAGCCCCAGCACUGUGACAGCCGCUGCUGAGGCUAAACAGCACAACAUCAAGGUGUUCACUAUAAGACUGUCAGGCCUACCCAGGGAAGGUCCCAUGGGUGCAAAGCUGCGCUCCAUUGCCAGUGCCCCCCCACAGCAACACGUCUUCAGCCUCACAGACAGCCAGCUGGACGACAAACUCUACAAUGAACUGCAUACAAUUGUUCUAACUGGGUGCCCACAGCCAAAGACCUGCAUGUGUGAGAGGGGGGAGAGGGGUCACCCUGGAAGCCCAGGGAAGCCAGGCGAGCCAGGGACUGAUGGAGCUCCAGGUCCAAAAGGAUCUCGUGGGGAACCAGGCAUUAAUGGACGUCCAGGAAUGGAGGGCCUUGAGGGUCGACCUGGCAGUAAAGGAGAAAAGGGAGAAGGUGGUGAAUGUGGUCCACCUGGUAAAAAGGGAGAACAGGGUACAGAUGGACCUUCUGGCCCCAGAGGCCCCAGAGGAGAGCAGGGAGCCAGAGGAGGAGCUGGAGACCAGGGUCCAGAGGGGCCACCAGGAUCUAAAGGUGACCGAGGACCGAGGGGUGCACCAGGACCUCCGGGAGAUAACGGUGUUGGGUUCCCUGGUCCCAAAGGUGACAAGGGGAACCAAGGAAGACCAGGUCCGCCGGGGUCAAUGGGUCUGGGUGAACCAGGGACGCCGGGACCAGCAGGGCCACCAGGGAUGCAAGGAUCUCCAGGGUUUCCAGGUGAGGGUCUCCCAGGGCCCAAGGGCGACAGGGGGUAUGAGGGUCCCAAGGGCAGCCGUGGACCUCCAGGAAUCGGGUACAAAGGUGAUAAGGGAAACACAGGAGCCCCCGGGCUGCCAGGUUUGGUGGGCUUUCCAGGGGCAGGCAUCCAAGGAGAAAAGGGAGAUCAAGGACCAUCUGGGCCUCCUGGUCCCAGAGGACCUACUGGACUGGGUAUAGUUGGACCAAAGGGUGACCAGGGUUUCCCCGGGGAGCCUGGACCCCAGGGAGAGAGGGGUGUAGGUGAGCCAGGGCCCAAGGGUGAGCCAGGGCCUGAUGGGGCUUCUGGGAUACCUGGAAUUCCCGGUGAGGAUGGAGCUGUUGGGCCUAAGGGAGAGAUGGGGUUGCCAGGUCAACGAGGCCCAGGCGGAGCACCAGGGAAAGGCAUCCCUGGAGAAAAGGGAGAUAGAGGCGACCGUGGGCCGAGGGGACUUUCAGGGUCUCCAGGCCCAGUUGGACCUGCUGGAGCUAAGGGAGAGCCUGGCAGCCCAGGAAUGGUGGGCCUACCUGGAAGUGCUGGCCGUGGCUUACCAGGACCAAAGGGAGAUCCUGGGCCUGCAGGACCAGCUGGACCUGUUGGUGAACCUGGAGUUGGAAUCAUUGGACCAAAGGGUAACAAAGGAAAUACUGGACCUGUUGGGCCACCAGGGAUAAAGGGAGAUGGCUUCCCAGGACCACAGGGGCUACCUGGCUUACCAGGAGUGCAAGGAGAGAUGGGGCCUGAAGGGAAAGGUCAACCUGGACCUAAGGGUGACAGAGGAUUACCAGGGGUCCCGGGGCCAUCAGGUCCUCCUGGAAUCGGACUUUAUGGACCAAAGGGCUCUGCAGGGCAGCCCGGUCCACCAGGUAUGCCUGGGCCUCCAGGAGAGGGCAUCCAGGGGCCAAAGGGAGAGCCCGGGUUUCAGGGGCCAAUAGGCCCCCGAGGGGCAUCAGGGGACGGCCUUCCAGGGGAGAAGGGUGAUAGAGGGAUUCCUGGAGACCGGGGAAAGAGAGGUGACAAGGGAGACUAUGGAGAGCCUGGAUCUACUGGACCAAUGGGGAGACCUGGAGAAAAGGGGGAAGCAGGACUGACAAGAGAAGAGGUCAUCAGGAUAAUAAGAGAAAUCUGUGGCUGUGGUCUGAAGUGCAGAGAGAGCCCUCUGGAGCUGGUGUUUGUGAUAGACAGCUCUGAGAGUGUGGGACCAGAAAACUUUGAAGUGGUGAAGGACUUUGUGAACGCUAUUAUCGACCGGGUGUCAGUGAGCCGGGAAGCCAGCCGGAUUGGUGUGGUGCUCUACAGCCAUGUGGACAUGGUGGUGGUCAGCCUGAUGCAGCAGUCCAGCCAGGACGACAUCAAGGCCGCUGUCAGGAAGAUGCCCUACCUGGGCGAAGGCACCUUCACAGGCAGCGCCAUCCACCGAGCCAACCAGCUGUUCCAGGCCUCACGGCCCGGUGUCAGGAAGGUGGCUGUGGUGUUAACGGAUGGACAGGCUGACCCCCGUGACGUCAUGCAGUUUGAAGAAACAGCCAAUGAGGCCCACGCAGAGGGGAUUGAGAUGUUUGUUAUAGGAGUUGUGAACAAGACCGAUCCUCUGUAUGCAGAGUUCCAGGCUGAGAUGAAUGUUAUCGCUUCUGAUCCUGAUGAAGAGCACGUCUACCUCAUAGAAGACUUCAGGACACUUUCCACUCUGGAAAGCAAGAUACUCGGUCAGAUUUGUGAGCAGGAUGACACAAUGGUGUUUCUACCAAACUCUGUCUUUCCACCUGUGGAAAUCCAGCCAGAGACUCCAGAAGACAGCCGCACCCAAGAGUUACCAGAGGAGGAAAACAUACCACUUGAACUUCCAGUGGAGGCAGAAACAGCGCUGACUCCACAGCCCCCCGAGUCAAGACGGGUGGACGAGAACCUGGUUGACAGGAAACUCUUGGUGGAGCCCUGGAAUGAACUUCCAGACAUCAUGUUUGCCUCUCCUGGUAGACGGACGCAGGGACCCGGGGUGACCUCUGUGGUGGGUCCCCAGACUCCAACUGACUGGCUAUAUGAGGCAGAGAGCACAGAGUCUCCAGCCAGCCCUCCUCCUCCACUGCUGACAGACUCGCCUGUUUCAGAUGAGGGCUGUGGUCUGCCUCUGGACCCAGGUCCCUGUCGGCAGUAUGUCGUUAAGUGGUAUUACGACCCUGAGGCCAACGCCUGUGCCCAGUUCUGGUACGGAGGCUGCCAGGGAAAUGCAAACAACUUUGAGACUGAAGCCAGUUGCAAGAAUUCUUGCGUCUACACGUAACAGACUGUGUUUGGAAAAAAGGGCGUGUGCAAAGCUAACAUGCUCCAUCAGCGUCACAGAGGAACAGAGUGGACUGAUGACGCAGGCUUUACUGUUUGACCAGAGCUCCAGCUAGCAGCUGCUGCUGUGGUCACACUCUCUGGACUGCUCUACUGUGGGUGAAGGCGACGAUGGAGAGCUCCUCAUUGUCUCACAGGCUACAUUCACACUGCAGGUGCACAAUUCUGAACUGCUGCACACACGAAUCAGCUGUCAUUUGGGAUAACUAGUAAUAUCUGUACCAGAAAUAAGUUGAGUUACUCUGUUCACACAGCAAAGGCUUUGCUUUACAUAUUGAAUGGAUAUUUUCUUCUGAAAGAUCUAUUCCAUAUUUUUUAACCACAUAAAUUUAUUCACAAACAUAACUGAAGUGACAUUAAAGAUUACCAGUGCAAGGGUUGGUUCACCCAAAUAACAAAAAAUAUCAUUUUACCUAUAGUGGUGCCCAGUCAGGCAGAUUGUUUUCAGUCCAGCUUUUGUAAUAUCUGCCUCUGAGAUAUCUGCCUCCAACCUGAUACUGGUUUGUGGUGCUCACAGCAUUGAAAAAUUACUUUCAAAAAAUCAGCUUUCUUGAAACAGUGUCCCUGUUACUCUGAUAAACACCUCACUGUCAGAGGUUUACAUUGGAACUACUUUCUACCCAAGAAACAGUGUUGAAUGUAUGAAAUGUAUGAAAGCUUUUGUCUGUGUUUUAUCAGAAUUUCCAUCAUAACCGGGACACUGUUUCUUUAAAGAGAUUUUACUAGUGUAAUUAGUAAAACAUAAUGUAAUUUUACUAAUGUAAUUCUUCAGUGCAAAUGAAAUUCCACCCACUUUUAUUGUAUUUGGGUGGAGACAGAAAUCUCAGAGACAGAUAUCUCAAAACCUGGUUAAACCAAAACCAUCUGUAUAGCUAGAUACCACUAAAGGUAGGAAAUAUUCUUAGUAAGUGAAACAGCAUGGAAAAGUACUAAUUUAAGCUCCACUUGGACAGCAUUAAUACUCCAGGGGUAAUAAUAUAUUUGCUCCUCAUUUCUGUAACAAAACUCAGGACUGCAAAAGACAAACAUGUUCCCUGUGAAGACCGUCUGACCUUGUCACCACUGAGCUUACCAAAUUGAAAUGUAAUUUCAUUUAAUUAUAGGCAUAUAAGUAUUAGGGCCACUGUUGGGCAAAAUAAAUCUCAGGUUUUGAGAAAAAAAGUCAAAAUAUUGCGAAAAAAAGUUUAAAUUUUUAUUAAUUUUAAGGAUUCAUAAUAUUACAAGAAAAAUGUCAUAAUUUUGAAACAAUAUGCCAAAAUAUUACAAGAAUAAAGUUGUAAUUCUACAAAUAAAGUCAUAGUUUUCAGUGAACAAAAGAAAUUCCAGAAUCAAGUUAUAACAUUUUGAGAACGUAACUGUAAUUUAAACAAAAAGCUGUGCUAUUUAGUAAAUAAAGCUGUAAUAUUACAGAAACAAUUGGAAGUUAUAGUUUUCCAAGAAAAAUAAUUAAUAUUUUGAGAAUAAAUUAAUAAUUUUACAAGAUAGACAUCAUAAUAUUUUGAGGAAAAGUCAUAAUUUAUAUUUUCAGUGUUGUAAAAUAUGAUAAGAAAGUGAUUCUCUGUAAAACCUCCACAUCUUUAAAUUUGAUAUGUAAACUGACAGACUGCUCUCACAGUUGACUUCUUCCUCUUCUUCUUCUUUCGGCUGUUCCCGUUAGGGGUCGCCACAGCAGAUCAUCUAUCUCUAUCUCUUCCUGUCCUCUGUGUCUUCCUCUGUCACACCAACAACCUGCAUGUCUCCCUCACUAUAUCCAUAAACCUCCUAUUUGUCCUUCCUCUUUUCCUCUCACCUGGCAGCUCCAUCUUCAUCAGCGUCUUUCUCCUAAUAUAACCAGCUGACUGGUUACUACAACAUUAUUCUAAAAUUAUGAAAAUUGUCUCGUAUAACCUUAUUAUAUAAAUAUUACAUCUUCAUUCUCCUAAUGUCAGAAUCUCUUAAUGUUACUAACAGUGGCCCUCAUACUCUCAUUGUAAACAAAUCCAAAGCUGUGUCAGUCAGGAAGAGACUAGUAUGUGUGUGUAACAGUUACAAAUAAGCAAAUGAGACAAGACAGAACAAUCAGCUACACAGUAUCUUACAUGUCACUACACUUCUCAUAAUCACCUGUUUUCCUCCAUUGUUUAUUUUCCUGAUAGAUGCCAACACCAUCAUUCAGUCCUAUCGGAUUAGCAAAACCUGUUCUACUUCUUCCACUGUCCCACAAACUGCAAAAUGUUCCCUGAGCUGAUAAAACUCAGUAACAAGUGCACAUGUGUAAAAUACAAGGAAGUGUGUGAAACGACAAAAUGAGAGGGCAGCCUUUUCUUCUCACAUUUACAUUGUAUUAGGAGAUGGUUUAAAGCGGAUUAAAUCUCUGAAAGUGCAGCUCACUCUGAGUGUUUAUUUAGUUUGUCACUCUCUGAGCAGGAUUACAUAACACAUUACAACAAGAGCAGCAAGCAAACAGAGAAAGGCCAACUAAAAAAGAAACUAAAGAAUGCAUCAAUGGACAUAGAGGUUUCACAUCUCAGUGGAUGCAAGCUACAUCACUAUCAGCAAAUUCCAUCUAUUCCACGCAGCCUGGUGCUGGAGGAACUGAAAACAGUGCAUGCAUGCCUGUCAAACAAAGCAUGACUGUCAGUUUUAGAAUUGACAUUCAUUAUCUGAGAACAGUUAUACUGUAUUUUGCCAUAUGAAGUAUCAGAUUUGUGUCCUCAAAGAAUAAUCCUUGUACACUCUUACUGAAAAACAUCUCACAUAACAAAAAAAAUCUGAAUUGCGGCACUUACACCUGCACUGUGAAUAUAGUCUACUGCACUGUAUAUACUGUUGUUAAAUAUGUAGUCUAUGGACCCUGACAAUAUAUGAAUCUUGUUAUAUUUCACUUUAGUUUAUUAAAAUCUGGGAUUAAGUUGUGUAUUGUUGUAUACGGUUUUUGUGGGUCAGUUUUUCUGUGAGAAUUGUCCAACUAAACAGACUGUAAUCUUAACCUGUUUAUGGUAUUUUCACUUUAUGUUGUAGUUGCUUUGAUGUUCCUUUCUCAAGCCUUACUGUAUUUUACUGUAGUUCAUGCUAACAUAUUAACCUCCAAUAUGAUGAAUGUUGUAUGAAAAGAGACACACUUGACUGUAAAAUAUAUUGUUUUAUUGUUUAACACUGUAAAAGCAUCAGAAGGAAUAGUAAAUUCAGAACAUUGUAGUUCAACAACAAACUUUUUUCAAUAAAUAAAAUAUAAUUUCUUAAA